UCGACCAGUCCUCACCUCUGUGUCCAGGUCAGGACAACUGGGAAAUGCUCCGGGCUCUGGCCAAGAUCAGUGUGGCCCUGGGGCCCCGAGCUGCAGGUUGGGUGCGGAACAUGGCCUCCCACCAGCUGCAGGUGGCCCCCCCGGAGGGCCUGCUCAAGCCCCUGUCUGUUCCCAACCGGCUGCUGCUGGGACCUGGCCCCUCUAACCUGGCUCCUCGUGUCCUGGAGGCCGGGGGGUUGCAGAUGAUAGGGCACAUGCACAAGGAGAUGUACCAGAUAAUGGACGAAAUCAAGCAAGGCAUCCAGUACGUGUUCCAGACAAGGAACCCCCUCACACUGGCCAUCAGUGGCUCAGGACACUGCGCCCUAGAGGCUGCCCUGGUCAACCUGCUGGAGCCGGGGGACUCCUUCCUGGUCGGAGUCAACGGCAUCUGGGGGCAGCGAGCUAUGGACAUUGGGGAGCGCAUCGGAGCCCGCGUACACCCGAUGAUCAAGGACCCUGGCGGCCACUACACACUGCAGGAAGUGGAGGAGGGCCUGGCCCAGCACAAGCCAGUGCUACUGUUCUUGACCCACGGGGAGUCGUCCAGCGGCAUUCUGCAGCCCCUUGAUGGCUACGGAGAACUCUGCCACAGGUAUAAGUGCUUGCUCCUGGUGGAUUCAGUGGCAUCCCUUGGCGGGGCCCCCCUAUACAUGGACCAGCAAGGCAUUGAUGUCUUAUACACGGGUGCCCAGAAAGUCCUGAAUGGCCCUCCAGGGACCUCGCCCAUCUCCUUCAGUGACAAGGCCAAAAAUAAGAUCUACACACGGAAGACAAAGCCCGUUUCCUUCUACCUGGACAUGAAGUGGCUGGCCAACUUCUGGGGCUGUGACGACAAGCCGAGGAUGUACCAUCACACAACCCCUGUCACUAGCUUGUACUGCCUGAGAGAGAGCCUGGCCCUCAUAGCAGAACAGGGCCUGGAGAACAGCUGGCGGCAGCACCGGGAGGCAACGGCAUACCUGCAUGGGCGCCUGCAAGGGCUAGGGCUGCAGCUGUUUGUGAGGGACCCGGCACUCCGGCUGCCCACGGUCACCACUUUGGCUGUGCCUGCUGGCUAUGACUGGAGAGACAUCGUCAGCUACCUCAUAGACCACUUCGACAUUGAGAUCACUGGUGGCCUAGGGCCCUCUGUGGGGAAGGUGCUUCGGAUCGGCCUGCUGGGUUGUAACGCCACACGGGAGAAUGCAGACCGUGUGACAGAGGCCCUGAAGGAGGCCCUGCAGCACUGCCCCAAGAAGAAGUUGUGACCCAUCCACCAGCCUACACCUGGC